AUGGAGAUUGAUCAACAAGUGGAUGGGAUCUUUGUGAAUCAAAAAAGGUAUGCAAGUGAAGUUUUGAAAAAGUUCUGCAUGGAAAACCGCAAACCAGUAAAUCUACCUUUGGUUCCAAACUUAAAGCUGUCAAAGGAUGAGGAUGGUGAGAAGGUUGAUGAAGGAUUGUACAGGAGUUUAAUAGGGUGUCUACUGUAUUUGACAGCAACUAGGCCGGAUUUGAUGUAUGCAACCAGUUUGCUGUCCAGGUUUAUAAGUAAACCAACUAAAACACACUUCAAAACAGCAAAAAGGGUGCUGAGCUAUGUAAAAGAAAGCACUGAUUAUGGGGUGUGGUUCAAGAGAUCAGAAGACUUCAGCUUAGUUGGUUAUUCGAAUAGCGAUUGGGCUGGUUCGAUAGAUGAUAUAAGGAGCACUUCAGGAUUUACAUUUUUCCUGAAUCAUGGUGCUAUCUGCUGGCUUUCCAAGAAGCAGGAAACCAUGGCCCAAUCCACAGCUGAAGUAGAGUAUAUAUCAGCUGUUGCAGCUGUGAAUCAAGCCAUUUGGUUGAGAAAAGUCCUUGAUGAUUUGAAGCUGAAAUAG